GCAACUAACCCCGGCGUUCACGUUGUCCUUGCUGAGCUUCCGUAGCGGGGGAGGGGGAGCAAUUAAGCUGUCAGUUGGAAGGCCUCGGAUUUAAAACGCCCCGAAUCAGGUGACAGGCGGUUGAUUCCGGGUUGGGCACUGUCCGGAAGACGCGGGGGAGAUGGAGCAGGCGGCAGAAGCCCCUGCAGCCAUCGCCCCGGAGGAGCCGCCGCUGCUGCCCCACUCUUCCUCCUCCUCCAGCGGUGAUAGCGGCCACGUCUCUCAGAGUCACAGCAGUGCCUCCGGCAUCGGAGAGGAGGACGCGGCGGGAGGAGAAACCUUGGGCGGGGAGUUUCUACUGGCCGCGGCGGCGGCUGACUACGCCUCCUACCUGCUCCCCGCGCCGAUGGACAGCGUCGCCUCAGCCGGGCAGAUUGAAGCUUUAGACAAGAGUCUUGAAGAUUUGUUGAUCAGGGUAGAUGAGUUUGUGGGAAUGUUGGACAUGAUUAGAAGUGAUUCUUCUCAAGUAAUUAAUGAAAGUGUGCCACAUAUUCAUGCAAAGGCAAUGGAAAUGAAGAAGCUUUAUAGAAAGAUUGACAAAUUAGAGGCUUUUGUAAAAAUGAUUGGUGAUAAUGUGGCUGGAAUGGAGGAACAGAUCAUAAAGGCAGAAUCAGACCUUGGAACUUUCCCAAAUACGUUAAAAAAAUUAUUGUACACAAUCAACGUGCCAUCUUUUUUAAAUAAAUCAUCUUCAUCAAGGCAGAAUCAAGCCCUGUAUGAGCCUAUGGAUCUCUUCAAGACUGAAGACUACUUUCCUUGUCUUGAUCAAGCACAAUUAAGAAGAAAUCCACUGGCUGACUAGAGCAAAGCAAAAGCAACUUUGUUCUUUGAAGUGCUACAGAUUAAAGAAAAACAGCAAUA